GGCGAAGGGGAAAGAAGCGGGGCGGGGCAGGGAAAGGAGGAAGGCGCGGCUGCACCUUUUAAGCCUUAUUCCGAGGCCGGCUGUUCAAGCCGUUAGUCGGGCUGCAAAGACGCGCGGUUGAGUCGGGGCUUGAAACGGGAGGCGCGCGGACCAAUCGGGGAGGCAGGGAGAAAUUACCUGACUGGCGGGCCGCUUCCCUCUUUUUUUGCCGCCGGGACAGACGGGGUGGCGCUUGGAAGGAGCGGGGCUCCUCCGCCCACCGAGCCCAAGGAGACCGCUUGGGGGCGGGGAAGCAAUUUUAGCCUCUCCGCUUGGGGACUAGCGCCGUUGUGCUCGUUUGCUAGUUGAAGAUGACGCUCGCUCCCAAAAGUGAGCGGAUGUCCGGUCAUUAUCUCUUCCUGGAACUUAUCAUGAGAAGAUUACUCACUUAGGAAACUCCCUGAAACAUUUUAUUAAUCUAAAGUCUCUUGAUCUUUCACGCAAUGCAUUGACUGUCCUGGAGGGUCUUCAGCAUCUCACGUGCUUAGAAAAACUCAAUCUCUACUUCAAUUGCAUUUCCUCACUAUCGGAAGUGUUUCGACUCCACAGCUUGAUGACACUCAAGGAUGUAGACCUUAGACUAAAUCCUGUUGUUAAAAAUGAAUCAGAUUAUCGUCUUUUUGUUGUGCACAUGCUCCCUAAUCUCAGACAACUGGAUAAUCGUCCUGUGAGAGACAGUGAGCGGAAAGCAUCUCUUUUGCAUUUCACCACAGAUCAUGCUUAUGAAUUAAAGAAUUCUUCAGUUAUACCAAAAGGGACUGAAACGGGAAGAUGCAUCCAGCCAAGGGCUGAGUAUAUUAACUCCAUGUCAAGGAAGUGCUCAGUGAUGGAUGAAGAUGAUGAAUCAGUCCUAAAUCUCAUUGCAAAGUGUGAAUGGGACUUAAGGAAUCCUCUAGGAGUAACUGGAUCAACUAAAAGGGACCCUGCUGUUGAAUUUCACAAUUUAAGUCGUACUUGCAAAAUGGAAGAUAAUCCUGGCAGGUGUAGAAAGCUAGAGACACAGUUUGCCGCCUUGCAGAAAUUGAAACAAGAAAAUUUGUCCAAGGAUGCUUGUGCAGAUACAUACCUGUUGUUGAAAGCCCCAGAAACUGAUAAAGAAUGUAAGAACUUUCCUAAAUCACCAGCUUUACUAGUCGUUCACCAUGGCAUUGGCCAAGGGCGUGAGAAAAGGAAGAGCGACAUCAAAAUUAAAUUUUUAGACCCUAAAAUGCAAGAACUGUCCAAGAGAGACCCUAAUUUGAUGUUCCAUGAUGAGGCUGAAGCAUAUGAAAAAAUUGCAACCAGUGCUCAUUUUACACCCCAUCCAGCCUCACCAGUGGAUAAACCAUUGGUGCCUUCUGUGAAGACAAUGGGACAUGAUCAGAAGGGACAUGGACCUGAAAAGCAGAGGCUAAGUAGCAAAGAUGAGCCUCACAGGGCAACACAGGUGACAAAAAAAGUACUAUAUGAAGCAACACCUAUAGAUCAUCUUCUGGACUUGGUUGACAAAUACUGGAAUGGCUACAGAUCGCUUCAUUGCAACAAAGCAUUUCUAUCUCAGGCAGAAGCUGUUUUGUCUGCAAUUCAGAAAUCUGUGCCAACAGAUCAACAGAAAGAUUCCCCUUUGCAUCAAGAACUGAAUAACCUUCUCUUGGAGAAAAAGGUUUUACAGGCGCAACUAUCUGAGCAAGCUGAGAAGUACAGUGCCAAGAUUAACAGUCUGGUGUCAGAACUGGAUAGUACUAAGAAAGAUAUGGAUGUACUGAGGCAGCAUUUAGAUAGAUUAUUGGAAGAAAAUGCAGUUCUGAAAGCUUAUCAUUCUAAGGCGGAACAAAAUGGCCAGAAUGCAGCACAGCCAAAAAUCAUUGAGCUUCAAAAUCAGAACCAGCUGUUAACCAACACAAACCUUAAUUUGGAACAGCGUCUCCAGCACUUUGACAAGAUGCAAGAGCUCACAGCAAUGCUACAGGAAAGCCAUAGGACGUUGGUUUCUACCAAUCAGCAUCUUUUACAAGAACUGGAUGAGACACAUUCCCGACAUAAGGCUGAGGUAGAGCAGCUACACUGGAACUACGCUCAAUUAAAGAAGAUAACUGACACACUUCCUUCCUCCUAGCAACAAGGACAACAACAGGUGUUCAUAACAGUGAAAAAAUCUCACUGUCAAUAACUGAUAAGGGGUGAUUAACCUCUGAGGUUCUUCACCAACAUGAACAAAUCAACUUUUAAUACUGUGGAUGUCUUUUGUUGUAUACUUCUUCCCUCCCCUAGGUUUAUGAAUAUGGUUUAAGUGAUUUUUAAUACUGUGUGGAAUGAUGGCAACUGAUAAGGAGAGCUGAAAGUUAAACAAGCACAAAAUGAUCUUUUCUACUGUGAUUUUUACUAGGGAUGUGCAGAACAUUCAGCGCUUGGAACGGGCCAUUUCAAGUGCUCCAAGCUCAGAUCGUUCUGAGCACCAUUUUGGAUUGCAAAAUGGCACUCUUUUAGCCGCUGCGUACAUGCAACAGCCAUUUGCAUGGUCAGCACCACCAUACAAAUAGGUGCCAUCUGUGCACAGAGACCAGAAGAGCGCCAUUUGCAAUCCAAAAUGGCAUUCUGAACAUUCAAAGUCUGAAUAGGGUCGUUCCCUCGGAAUCUUCUGGGGAUUUUGCAUUCUGAGCUUGGAAUGGAACGCUAAAUCCGUUUCAUGCACAUCCCUAAUUUUGACCCUCAUUUUAAUUUAAAAACUACUUUUUCGAAUCUAGACCAUGGUGGUCACUGACCAAAUUGCACUUACAAAGCUCUGUAGCUCUUAGGAAUAACUGACUGAAUUAUGGCACGCAGACAUGCCACUACAACCCGUGUUACAAAAUUUAACAAUAAAUGUGACUUAAGAGCAAUGAGAGGUUUUAAUACAUUUUCAGGUGCUUAAAGUUAUUUUUGCUUGUUUCUUCACUUUUCCUGUUCCUGAGCAUGUGAAAAGCAACAAGUAUUGACAAUGCAUUUAUCUUUGGCAUAUGUGCAUAGGAACUGCUAUUUUCAUAUUCCAUGAAAUGGGAUGCAAUUGAGUGUUGUUUCAGCAAUAUGUUCUCCAUAUUUUAAUUGGUACUAGUUGAAUUGUACUCAUUUUGACUGCUUGCUUAAUUACAAUUCCUCUGACUGUU